AUGGACACCGAAAUUGCGACCGAAACUCGCAAGGCAACUGCACGACAACUAGAGAUGCAGCUAAAAACAACAGCACAGGACCUACACGAGUCGAGGGCCUUGUCGAAGCAGUUGUUGGAGGAAAGGGAGGAAAGCGAAGUGGAGCUCCAGAAGGUAAUCAACAAAAACUCAGAAUUGAGAAGGGAGCUGGCGGACAAUGAUGUGCAGCUGACUGAUGCCCGCGGAGAAGUGGACCGUUUGCAAGGCACAAUAGACACCUUCAACCAGUGCGCUUCGACACAUGAAGUGGCCUUGGCCCGCAUCACACAACAGGAUGUUGCCGUUAUCCUGAGGAGAGCCAAACUGCCAAAGAGUAACACCACUACAGAGGAGAGGAUAGCCCUUAGAAAUCUGAAGAAUAAUGAAGAUAUCUUAGUACUAAAGGCUGACAAGGGGAAUGCCACAGUAGUGAUGGACACAGCGGCUUAUGAUGGUAAAAUACGACACUUGCUGGAUGACGAUCUUGUGUACAAACCUGUUUCGUACAACCCUACUGCUAGGGUUACUCGUCGCAUUAGGGCUAUCAUCAGAGACUGCAGAGAGAUUUUCGAGGAAGACGUUUUCAAUCGUUUGUACAAACCGAAGAUUGUGCUACCGCCUAAGUUGUAUGGUUUGCCAAAAGUACAUAAGACAAACGUGCCGUUGCGGCCUAUCGUGAGUCAGAUUUCUUCUCCCACUUACGAUCUUGCAAAGCAUGUUGGAUCGGUGUUGCAGCCGCUUGUGGGUGGUACGUCGUCUUUCGUGAAGGACUCUCGUCACUUUAUAGACAUCCUCAAAGAAGUAACGCUGGAACCAGAUGAGAUAAUGGUGAGUUUUGAUGUGGAGUCACUUUUCACCAAUGUUCCCGUUAAAGAAUGUCUAGAAGUUGUCAGAAGGAAACUGAGCGAUAGUGGCAUGUCGGAGACAAUAAUGGUGCUGCUGAGGAACUGCUUGGAAGGGAGCUACUUUUUGUAUCGCGGAAAACAUUACCUCCAGAUUGAUGGGGUUGCCAUGGUAGUCCUGUGGCACCGGUUCUGGCAAACAUCUGGAUGGAGCAUAUCGAGGCCAGUGUAG